AUGUCUUAUAGUGAGAUUGAAAAUUUUGAUAAAGAGUUAAUAGAAGAUUCCAAGUAUACAUUUAAUGUCAAUAAUAUAAAACAGGAAUUUAAAGAGGAAAUUCAUAAAGGUAACUCAUUUGUUAAUGAAUUAGUUGAAAAUAAUCAGAAUAUUGGAAAAAUUUCUCUGGCUUAUUUACAUCUUUACGGCAUUGGAGCUAAAGAAGACAUGCAACGAUCAUUUCUUUUAUACAACGAAACAGCUAAGAAUAACUAUGG